AUGAAUAAACUAGCCAACAUGCGUCACUGGCCCGAGAGGAUGAGCCCAAACUUUGGCAUGUCGCGGGCCAACAACAGCAACAGCAACAGCAGCAUGGGCAUGCCGCCAAUACAUCCUCACCAAAAGGUCACAGCCCAGGGUCCCCUUCCUCUCGCUGCCCCCCAGGUUCCCGAGGCUCCCAUCCACUACUCGUUCAACGUGCCCUUCGCCUCGGACCUCGCCGGCCCCGACACCGAGGACAUCCUGCACGCCACAGCCGACGCCGUCCUCCGGUGGACCCAUCCCGAGGACGCACCUGACGACAUCCCUGUUUACGAGCUGCCCGUCCACGCCCAGAAUCUGGCCCAGCUCCGCAAGAUGUGCAAGGAAAUAACCCAGAGCCCCCUGGCCAUCGAGGCCCAUGUCAUGUCGACGACGCCCAAGAAUGUCCGCGGCCAGGUCACCACCGUCUGUCUAUCCGGCACUGCCGAGUUUGUCUACAAGACGCGCGAGACUAUCCUGAAUGACACUCCCCUCUCGCUGCGUUGCACAACAGUUGAUGUGGAUGGGCACCUGGUUGCCAAUCUCGCCGAAGGGGUGCUGAAGAAGGAUGUGACAGACUUUCUCGACGAGGUCUCGGUUUUCUGCGGUGUCGACAUCUUCCUCCUCGGCCCCAAGCUUACUCCUGUGGUGGAUGGCCUGAGCGGCGAUGUAGAGGUGCGGAGAGACCAGCGUUGGAGGGUUGCCAUCUAUGGAGACAUACUGGCCUCCGAGCACGCGAAGUGUCGCGUUCUGGUCCAAAUCGACAGGCUUCUUGGAAGGAUUGUCGAUGCCAUGAUUUUUGAGCUCUCUUUGCACCAACUAGUGUGCGGGCGCAACCGCAAGAAUAUAAAGCUCAUAGAAUCGGCAACUAACACGGCUAUAUACUUCCCCCCGCCAUUUUCGCAGGCAUACCGUUACUGUCCGCCCAACGCAACGCGCCGAGACCCCCAGGAAGUCUUCAUCACCGGAGAGAAUCCCGGGGCCAUUGAGCAGGCCAGAUUCAGGGUUCACGAGCUUCUAUCUCGCAUGCGAAUCUUUGUUAAGGAUGUCCAGAUUCCCUCAGCCAAGAUCGACAGCAUUCUGCUCAGCCGGAUGGACAAGGUCCGGAAGAUCAUCGAGGCCAACGGCACAUUUAUCAUGUUUCCCCCGCUUGCCUCAAGGCAAAACACUGUGCGGAUUCAAGCUCUUGAGAAUCUGCACGCGGAACGCUCUGUCCGGGAUCUCAUGGCCCUCGUUGGGCAGUUCUACACGGCUGCGUGGUGGAUUAAUCAACCGGACAAGCUCCCCCUCCCGCUCCCAAGUCCUAAUGACAUUAAGACGAUGCUAGGUGACAUAUGUGCCAACUCGGACGCCGAUGUUUCUUUUGACAGACUGUCCUUCAACAUUACAGGCUCGGACGAAGCUGUGAAAGCCGCUCUCAUGGUGAUCUCGCAGAUCAAAUUUGUGGCGCUCUCAGCAUAUCAGAUCCGUGUCAAGAUUGAACUUGCCAACGAACACAAGGAAUUUGUCAGUGGUAAGAAGAAUGGAAAGAUCAAUAAGAUCAUGGGCCAGAGCAACGUGCAGAUCAUGUUCGACAACUUUGGUGAAUACAACUUCAAUAUCGAGGUCUUGGCCCAAACAUACGACUCCAUGAAACAGGGGUUGACCCUAGUCGAACAGGAGAUGCCCGCCUCCAUCUCUUUCCACGUGCCCGACCAAUACCACAAGCGUAUCAUUGGCAUUGGAGGACAGCACAUCCAACGUAUCAUGAAGAAGCACUCCGUCUUCGUCAAAUUCUCCAACGCUAUGGACCGUGGUGGAAUUGGCCGCGAAGACGAAGACAGCCGUGUUGAUAAUGUGAUUUGCCGAACGCCUGCUCGCAAUGCUCAGAACCUGGAACUGGUCAAGAGUGAGAUACUGGAAAUGGUUGACAGAGUUGAUUCGGAGUUUACCUCUCAAAUCGUCAACGUCGACCGUCUUUACCACCGCCGGCUGCUUGCCCGCCUGCCAGACAUCGAGGAGCUCGAAAAGAAGUGGAACUGUAAGAUCGUUUUCCCUAGCACGGAGCAGGCGAGCGACGAGGUCACUGUUACCGGUCCACAGUGGCAGGUGCCCAUGUGUGUUGACGCGUUCCUGGGCAUGGUUCCGGACAGGCACGAAGUGAUCAUGGAACGGUCUUCCGGACUGAUCAAAUUCCUUCAAUCAUCCGAUUUCGUGCAAAACAUUGUGCCCAAGCUCAAGAGCCAACACGAAGUUGAGGUUACCGUCCACGAGAAUUCCGACGAGCGUGCCGAGAGUGGCGCCCCUACAGUCACCAUCUUGUGGACCUUCACGCGCAACAACGCCGGCGGCCUUCGUGAUGCUAUGGACUUCCUACAAGGUCAGUUUGCUACUUCUGGUGUUGAACCCGUCCUCAUCAAGGGUGCAAUUCCUCGCCCUAAGUCGGACACGUUCGAAGAGUCGCUGCAAUAUUUCGACUCAAAGUUACUUCAGCACGCGCCCGCACCGGUCUCGACAGACUCUCCUACUAAGCCGUCUUUCGGGGACGAGGUUGCGCGCGAGCGCAACACUAUCUUUGAUCGCCUUCGCAAGCCUGGCAGCAUGUCUUCAAUUUCGUCCUUCCUUGACCGACGAAAGAACAGCUCUCACUCGGCAACGAAUUCCUUCUUCAAGGGUUCCAGCAACGUUUCCAAGUCGUCGCUUAUCUCAAUUGAAUCGACCCGGAGCUUCAACGCUGGCCGAGAUCCGUGGAACGAUAGUGGUGUCAAUCUCCCGGAUGAUGACAACAACCCCUGGUCCAAUACUCGCGUGAUGACAGGCAAUGGAACCGACCAAAAGCUGGCCGUUCCGCAGCCGGGGGAUGCCACACCACGCCACAAUGCCCGACAGUCUGCUGACAGCGGGCGCCCAUCGACAUCUCAUUCUACCAAUUCAGGAUACCCCGGCCCUCUUUCUGGGCCAUUUCGUUAG